AUGGAAAUCUCCACGCAUAAGAUGCACACCAAGACAUCCCUUUCAGCCGACAGCGAGGAGAAACAAACCAUCUAUUCAUGCCCAGUAAACCCAUCUCCAACCACAUUCCCAUCCCUUGCCCCCGAGCACGCGGUGGAAUAUAUCGAGUUCCUUGGCUUGAAACGGCAUUUUGAAGAUAAUCCAAAGGAGUACAAGAGGAUUGUGCGGUUACGUACACCCCCCUGCCACUCUUCCCUUGUCAAAAACACUCGACAUGACUAAUGACAAUAACAUACAAAUACCAUAGUGGACUUAAGGAUUAUCCCUAUGUCAUUCAUCUUCUACAUUCUCAAUUCGCUAGAUAGUAAGUUCAGUUCCGUAUUCCAAAAAUCACUAUAGCAAGGGAGCGAAGGCAAUUAAGGGGGAUAAGGAAAUUGGUGUGUCAAGAAGCUUAGGAAAGGAUAAUCCAUAG